AUGAGUGCUGGUGGAAAGGGAGGCACUCCACCGGACAGGCACAACGACGAAGUCGCUCAAACAGUGCUGCGUGGUACAAGCCACAGUGAUGGUGGUGGUGGUGAUGGUGGUGGUGGUGGUGGUGGUGGUGGUGGUGGUGGUUACGAGCGUUCGGUGGGGCUGACAGCUCUUACACGAAUAGGAGGGGCAGAGAUGAGGCAGUGA